CGGUACAGCCACUUAGAGAAGAUGACAGAUUUGGUGGCUGUUUGGGAAGUAGCUUUAAGUGAUGGUGUUCAUAAGAUUGAAUUUGAACAUGGGACCACUUCAGGAAAACGUGUUGUCUAUGUUGAUGGAAAGGAAGAAAUAAGAAAAGAAUGGAUGUUUAAAUUAGUGGGUAAAGAAACAUUCACUGUUGGAGCAGCCAAAACAAAAGCUACUAUUAACAUUGAUGCAGUCAGUGGCUUUGCAUAUGAAUAUACUUUGGAAAUCAAUGGAAAGAGCCUCAAGAAGUAUAUGGAGAACAGGUCAAAAACAACCAAUACUUGGAUACUGAGCUUGGGUGGUAUGGACUAUAGAGUUGUUCUAGAAAAGGACACUAUGGAUGUGUGGUGCAACGGUCAAAAAAUGGAAACAGCGGGUGAAUUUGUAGAAGAUGGGACUGAAACUCACUUCAGUGUUGGUGAUCACAGCUGUUGCAUUAAGGCUGUCAGUAGCGGGAAACGAAAGGAAGGAAUUAUUCAUACCCUUAUUGUGGAUGACAGGGAAAUCCCAGAGGCUGUGGAGUAGCCUCUAGUUAACUGAUUACUCUAGGACUAAGAUCAGGAAUUUCCAAUUACUGUGGUAAUUAUUUUAAUAAGUACUUCUUGGUACAUCUAGUUUGUGCUGGGUUUAUUUUCUAGUUUCUGUAUAUGAAAUUAUUCUUUUUGAGGACCAGAUGAAAAUAAUUAUAUACAACCUCUUACAUUAUUGUUUUUUAAAAACCUAUAUAUAUAUUGAAUAUAUAU